UCAGUUAAAUGAAUAACAAGAAGCGCGCAUAGCUGUAGCAACCAGAAGCAGCUGCGGGCUGUGGCAAGAGUUUAAUACAAACAGGUGUUAUCUAAUUAUUUAAGACACCACUUUAUUAAUUUAACAGGUGCACGAAGAGGAUUCAGGGGAAAGAUACAGCAGUCCUCUGUCAUGGCUGCUAAACCCUCAAACCCACAGCUUGCUCGCAAGUCCUCUAAAACCUUGCAGGCUACAUCUCAAAGUAACGGGAUGAUCAGCCUCAAAGGAUUACUUGCCGCACAGAAAUUUACAAGAGGGCUCAAGGAACGCACUGCUUUAAAACUAGCCUCAAAUAGAGGGACUGGGGCCCGUCUGCGGAAGCCUGUCACUAUCAUUGAUGACCAGGUCCCUGACACUUCCUCUAAACCCAAAGAAAAAUUCUCCAGCACCCUUGUGGACAAACUGAUGCAAGAGUAUCUCCGAUCUAAGCUUGAAAAGGUUUCCUAUGAUCCAACCCUCUGCACCAAACUGACACAGGAUCUCAGCGAGGAGAUCAAAGACAUGGUGAAGAAGAGCACCCCUCCGCGGUACAAGCUGGUGUGCGUGGUGACGCUGGGCAAGAAGGCCAAUGAGGACGCUGUGGUGGCAAGCCGCUGCCUCUGGGACUCGCACGCUGACAACUUCACCUCCUACACCUACCAGAACCGCACCCUCUUUUGCAUCGCAACUGUUUUUGCUGUGUAUUCCGAGUGAAUUUAAUCUAUUUCUGUGUUUUGCUACAGCUCAAGUAUAUAGACUAUUGCACACUAGCCAGAGUUUUACAACGACAUAUCUGCUUUUAAACCUAGCUUUAAAGUUUUUUUUCCUGUGGCACUAAAUACCAUUACCAUUCCUCCACCGUUUCAUCUUUUUUACUUUUUAUAAUCUGAAAUAAUAAGUGACCCUUGGUUCCACACUUUAUUUUGCUUUAACUUCCAGCUGGAUCUGGAUGUUAAUGUGAGCUGGCCCAUAGCAGUUAUCUUGACCAGUAUAUAGAUAUGCUGGAAAAAUGUGUUAGCUGACAACAAUGAAAGUAAGUAGCAAUUGUAGACCACCCCUUAUGAUGCAAGACCUACCAUAGCAUCUUGUUACCCAUGAUCUACUGUUGCUACCUGCCUAGUUUCAUUGUUCAACAACUCUAACUUUCCCUUUUAUAUUCAGAACUGCUUCCACGACGUAUGAACUGCAUAGCAGACAGGAAGCAAACAGAUGGUUAAAUUGAAACAAAUCCAAUGACAUUCUUAACAAAAUCCCUGAGCUGUCACUUACUGUUCAACAGAAUAGAAAGACAGAUACAAACACCAGACAUUUCUUAAGAAAAGACUCUUUCUGUAUGCCCAUGGGACCACAGGCUGUACA